AUGGUCAUCAACGUUCCCACCGCCUCCCUCGAGGGACAAGUCGCUCUCAUCACCGGUGCCGGUCGCGGCAUUGGAAGGGGUUGUGCUAUCGAGCUCGGCAAGCGCGGCGCCUCCGUCAUCGUAAACUACGUUUCAUCCGAAGGCCCAGCGAACGAGGUCUGCGAAAUCAUCAAGGGCUUCAACAACGGUGCCAAAGCCGUAGCCAUCAAGGCCGAUGUCAGCAAAGUCAGUGAGAUCAACAGACUAUUCGAGGAGGCCAAGAAGGCAUUCGGAAAGAUCAACAUCGUCAUGAGCAACUCAGGAACCGAGAGCUGGGACGUGACAGAGGAGAUCAGCGAGGAGAAGUACGACCACGUAUUCAACCUGAACACAAGAGCUCAAUUCUUCGUUGGCCAGACCGCAUACAAGCACAUCGAGGAUAACGGCCGCAUCAUCCUCAUGAGCUCCAUUGCUGCCGGUCUUCUCGGUGUCAAGGACCACGCCCUCUACAACGCCUCCAAGAUGGCCGUCAUUGGUUUCAUCAAGGCCUUCGCAACCGACUUCGGAAAGCGCGGAAUCACCGUCAACGGUGUCGCACCAGGAGGUAUCAAGUCGGACAUGUUCACACAGAACGCCUGGCAUUACAUCCCCGGCGGUUCGCCUGACUGGCCAGCGGAGAAGAUCGAGACACUGAUGGCAAACCACUGCCCGCUUGGAAGGUGUGCCGUACCUGAGGAUGUUGCGAGGGUCGUCGCUUUCCUCGCAUCAGCGGACGGUGGCUGGGUCAACGGUCAAGUGCUGACCAUCUCCGGUGGAUCAUCGCAGUAA